AUGUAUGAUGAAGAGAAGGAGAAGUUUGAAUUGGGUCUCUGUAUCUUAUGGAACAUAUGGAAGGCAAGGAAUGACUUAGUUUUCUCGGGAAUUUCUCUAUCCCUGGGAAAAGUUCUAAAGAUGGCAGAUAUGGACUUCAUGAAUUGUAUCGCUGUGAAAAAUGAUGAUUUUAAUACGCAAGUCCCUGAAAUUUGUUCUCAUACUUGGGUACCACCUCCUCCUCUAUGUACGAAGAUUAAUGUUGAUGCAACUUUCAUCCCUAAUAAAGGUGUUGCUGGGGCUAUUGCGCAUGAUAGUUCUAGUUGCUAUCAGGGUUGUGGUACUUCUCUGUUUGAUGCGACCUCGCCAAUGAUUGCUGAAACUAAAGCCGUGUUGCUGGGAGUGGAGUUAGCCAAAAAACUUCAUCUAACAAGAGUUAUAAUAGAGGGAGACGCUUCAAAUGUAACAGCAACAAUUCUGGGUGAUAACAAAGAUAUCCCAUAG